AUGCGGCCGUUCACGCUGCAGAGUGUGACGUUCGUGUUGCAUCAGCAGCCGUACGCUGACGUUCUGGACCAAGUGGGGGGCCUCAUCGCCCAAUACCUCGGUCCCAGAGCCAACCUGUCGCUCUCGGACGCCUGUCGCUUCCAGUCUACCGUCCUCUUGGACUGGAUCUGGGCCUCCAGCUGCGUCUCCAUAGCGUCAAGACCCACCCACUGGUCGCUUGACAACUACCUUCGCUCCGACGAGUUCUACAAUCGCUGGGAGUUCGUCGAGUCAGUGAAAGUUGCCGUAACUCUCGACAACGUGCGCACCUUGCAGUGGCUGUUCCGUCACUUCAAGGGAUGUGUCGUGCUCUCAGAUGUGGUGAUCAUGGCUGCUGAGAAGGGCAGCAUGCCUGUCCUGGAGUUUCUACUGGCGAACGACUCCACAGAGGGCAACAAGGUGCAAUGGGGAGCUGCCUCAGUCCAGCAAGCUCUUCGUUGCGGUCACCUGGAUGUGGCCCAUUGGCUCUACAAGCACACGCCCCAAACCGACACUACAGAGGAGCAGCACGAGUGGACCAUCAAGGACGCUAUGGACGCUGGAGAUAUCGAGUUCUGUCAGUCUCUAUUGCCCAAAGGAGCGUGCAUCUUGGACUAUACACGCUACUGCGAUAUCCCCGAGAUGAUCGAGUGGAAACUCGACUGUGGCUACUUGAAACGCGACAAGAAAAGUGCCGCCGUUGCUAUUCGGGACUUGGCAGUGACCGGUCACUUGGAUCUGAUCAAGAGAAUCGCGAGUGAGCACUUGAAUCUGCCACCCCAGGACCGGAUCGAGUCGCACAGGUGGGGUGAAGCUCUCAAAGAAGCCUGCAAGACGGACAAUCUCUCGGUCGUGAAGUGGCUGCUGGAGCACCCGACUGGACGUCAAGCUGUCCACACGAUGAAAUCCACCAACAGUCUGUCCAAACUGCUGUCACACUCUGCCGAGAAGGGCAACGUCGACGUCAUGCAGUAUCUGUACGAACAAGGAGCAGUCGACAAGUUUGGCAACGCUCUGUUGGAUGCAAUUCGCACGAACCAGAUGGGAGCGGUCGAGUGGCUUCUUCAGCAUUUGCCGGACUCGGAGCCAAUCCCUGACUUCGCUGUCAUGCACGAAGCUGCCAGACGUGGACACGUGGGCUGCACCGUCCGAGCGAUCGAACAAGCUCUGAGCUUCGGCUUCUUGAAAGUCGCUUGCUGGCUACGGCAACAACACCCCGAGCUUGCCCCCGCGUCUGUUACUUUACCAAGCCCUACGGAGGUAUUUGGUGUGUUGCUGUUCUUGAGCGCGGAGUAUCCGGACCUCCUCACGACGGAAUUUGCUCGAAGUGCUCGUGACGAUGUUUCGGGGAGAUUCGCCACGGCCAAUGAUGUCCCGAUCUCAGAGUGGCUGAGGCGCAACUAUCCCGUUCCAGACGUUGCGGAGGAACAACGUGAGCGGCAUUUUGCAGAGCGAAUCGCGGGGAAUAUCGCCCAGCAGAUAGCACGGCAGCUGGGUGGUGCAGCACGCGUUCACGUGGUUGGAGGCCAACAAGGUGGUGGACAUGACGAUGCUCUAGGAAUGUUAAUGAACAACUUCAUUAUGGUUGCUCACGACUCCGACGAUGACGAUGUGAGCAGCAGCGAGGAGGAGGACGACGAUAGCAACAGCGAGGACGACGAUGAAUGA